AUGCUGGAGAUAAAAAAUGUACUUGAAGAAUAUGGGAUAAGUAAUGAAGCUCAAAAGAGAUGUUUCCAAAUAUACACCUUAAGUCCAUCAACUAUAAGAGAGAGAUUGGAAAAUGCAAAAACUAUACCGGAGUUCAAAACAUUUUACAAUCAUCCGAGAUUUUUGAAAAUUAUACACUAUAACACAAAGGCUUUGAAAAGAAUCAUGAAGUUAUAUGACAACAACAAAAAAUGUUUGAGCCUUAAUAUAUUAUCAGGAAGUGGGGCCCACUAUGAAGUGUAUGAAAAAUCAACUGGUGAUCGACUCGGCAAAAGUAAAGAUUUAGUAUUCUGUAUCACCCAAUCAUUAGGACCGUCAUACAGUGCGAGUAGUGUUUGUAACAUUAUGAAGAGACAUCCGUUUUGGAUAAAUAUACCACUCAUACAAAUUAGCUAUGUCUAUGAUAAAUUAAGUACACAAUUUUCCGCCAGCGAUAUAUUCGACAACUGUCCAAUUCUGUUAUAUCCCUGGAAUAAAAUUAAAUCUACAAUGGAACAACUGGAUAAGGGACAUAGUAAAAAUGUACCAGCACUAUGUAAUGAAAAUAUAAACAUUAAAUGUUUGACUAAAUCCCAAAAACUCAGUUUAAUAUUAUAUUUGUUAGAACGGAACCAUUAUUUCACUGGAAAUGGAGUAUGGACAGAUGAAAAACAGAGAAAUAAUGUCGAAAUGUGUAAUGUUAACCAAGCAGUCAAUUAG